AUGACGCAGUCGAGAAGGAGAAGAAAGGGAGCAAUUUGUUGUGCAACUCGUACGGAGGGAGUAGCAAAGGAGAGUAAAAAUAUCAUAAGGACGUUAUUUUUGAGACAUUUCAAGGUUGUGCUCAUUGUUUUGAUACUGUCGGAUAUUUUAUUCAAAAUUAAGAAGACCAUAAUGAAGAAGAAAAAAAUGAUUCCUGAAAAUGAGGUCAUCGAUGAGAAAAACAAAAUAAUGAAGAAGAAAAAGAAGAAAAUAAAAACAAUCAAACAAGCAAAAAAAAUAAAAGAUUUAUUUUAUGCAAAAAAUGGACACGUUAAUAAUGAGAACAUUGUUAUUGUGAAGACUAGAAUGGGAGAAACAAAACCAACAGUGGAAAAAAAAACAAUAGUCAUAAAAGACAUAGACACAUGGGAGAACCUAGAGGAAGGAGAGUUACUUAUAAAAAUAAAAAGUCUGAAUGGUCUUAUCAAUUCUAGCCAAAUGUUCAGCAUAUGGAGUAGUGUGCACAUCAUCAUGAGGAAAAAGUAUUUUCACAGAGAAGAAAAAAUAUGGAGUUUUUGCGAAAAAAUUGCCAAGGCUUACCAGGUCUCGAAAGAGUCUAAGAUGAAUAUAUGGUACAAGGUAUACUACAACAUGAAGGAAGAAAUAAUGAAAACUGAAAGAGAAGAAUUUAACAAAAUUUACCCUUUUAUUGAUAGUGGGGAGUGUGAACAUGAUGUUUUUAUUAAAUUUUUACUUGAUGAAUUGGAUGUGUGGAAGAAAAAAAUGAAGGUUAUUGAGAACAAGUGGGCACACUUGCUGUUUUUAAAUUUGAAGUUCGAGAGGAAGAGAAGCAUGAUUCUCCUAAAAAGCUUAUGA